ACAAACAACGUACCAUCAAAAAGUUUAAACUUAAAAAAAAAUGUAUUUUGUUUGUGGGCAAGGUUUAGAUCUAAAUAUAAUAUAUUAAUAUAAGACUAAACGGGUAAUCUAUCGUAUCGUUUUAGGUGCGUAAAAUCGGCCAUCAUGUAUAGCUAACAUUUUUAUUUGAAUUCAUGGCACAUUUCUAGCUUUUCUGUGACAUUGUAAAUGGAAAAUGAGGCUGCACCUACGCCGAAUAUUUCUAAUUGCCCUCAUUAGCAGUGUGAGCAUUGUUUUGGUAACUUACAUUUACCAAAGCAUGUUCAGCAGUGUUGCUGUUAUCAAAUGGACAGCUUAUAGAAAACUGACAGUAAACUCAGGAAUUGGAAUCUUCUGGAAUGUAAAUAAAUUGCAGCCCGGUGGUGCUGACCACAACCAUACAUCCAGCUAUGCAAAUGCAGCAGGGGUCAUCCCUGAUGAUUUUGAUAUUACAGAGGCACUGAUGAAAGAAUAUAACUUAAAUGUUUAUGCUAGUGACCAGCUACCACUGGACCGUGAAGUGCCAGAUUCCAGACCACUUGGGUGCGGCAGUCUUGUUUACCCUGACAACCUGCCAACAACCAGUGUAGUCAUACCAUUUCACAAUGAAUGGCCUUCUGUUAUCCUGCGAACUGUUUAUGCAUUAAUCAAUCGAACACCCAAACAUUUGCUGAAAGAUAUUAUCUUAGUUGAUGAUGCAAGUGAUAUAAAACUUUUAAAAGUCCAUUUAAAGCAAUACAUAGAGGAACACUUUUCUAAGGAGCUGGUCAAGCUGAUUAGGCUGGACAAGAGGGAGGGCCUGAUACGUGCCAGGCUGGAAGGCUUGAAUUGGGUGCGUGGAGAAGUUGUUUCCUUCUUUGACAGUCACAUGGAGGUCAACACAGACUGGCUUCAGCCCCUGUUGACUGAGAUAGUAAAAAACAAGAAGACCAUAGCCAUGGGCCAGCUGGACUACAUCAACAAGGACAGCUUUUACUACAAGUUUUAUCCUGGCUACAGAACAAGAUACGGUUUCCGCUGGGACAUGCAGUUUUUUGAGACCUACUUUAGACCAGACCAGCUCAUUGGCAAGAAAGAAACGGAUCCUAUGCCUGGUGUCUUGAUGGUUGGUCCUGGCUUUGCAGUGGAUGUUGAAUACUUUAAACAUAUCGGCACGUAUGACAAGGAUAUGUUAAUAUGGGGAGGUGAAAACAUUGAGCUGGCUUGGAGGGUGUGGUUGUGUGGGGGUCAGCUCCUCCAUGUUCCGUGUUCACAUAUUGGCCACAUUGAGAGGUCACAGCCCUACACAUUCCCUAAAGGUCGCCGGGAGACUGAGCAGCACAAUUACAAACGGGCUGUUGAAGUCUGGCUGGGUGACUACAAGAAAUAUGUUUACAAUCUGUUUCCUGGAAUGAAGGAUCUAGAUGUGGGUGAUCUCAGGGAGAGGCAUGCUAUCAAAUCCCAGUUCCAGUGCCACAACUUCAGCUGGUUCCUGCACAAUGUCUGGCCAGAGCUGCUGCCUUAUCAGGACAACUCCAUAGUGUGGGGGCAGGUCAGAUCUGCCAAGGGUUCCUGUUUGGACAAUGAUGAUUAUGUGUUUCAAGCAGCCCAACCCCUGCGUCUAAAGACAUGUAGUGGAAAUCUGCGAACACAGGGCUUUUCACUGACUAAAGAUGGCAAAUUGAAAACAACAAUUCAUUGUGUGGUAGCACGAGUUGAGGAGGCAGAUGUGUUGCCUUUCAUUGAAAACUGCUUCUUAGACCCUGCACAUCACUGGCACUAUACACAGAGCCAUCAGCUUCAACACACAAAAUUACACCUGUGUCUGGAGGUCAUGGGUCAAGGUCAGCUGGUGCUGCACCAGUGUGACCCACAUGUCAGGUCACAGAAAUGGAGCUUUGAAUCAGCUGGUCUGAUAGAACAGAACAACUGAGAGAUGGUCAGAACAGAACAACUGAGAGAUGGUCAGAACAGAACAACAUUUAACCCCUUUUGAUUGGAGAUUUUUUAAAUUGAUGAAUAUACUUUUUUAUACCAUUUAUCAUAGGAUCUUGAAGAAUUUGUUUACAGAAAAUGUUAUUUUAUCACUAUUUAACUGUAACUGCUUCAUUUUGUCUCUGGCUCACAUGCCAUCUUCUAAAUAUCAUUCUAGGCAUCCAUCUUGAUAUUUUUAUAACCCCAUUUAGAUUUGAGUGUCUAGGUCAGAAAAUGUAAUUAUUUGAUGACUCCUGCAUUUUGUUUAGAUUUAAUUGGUCCAUAUUUACUUAACACCUUUUGCUUGUCAAUUUCACUGAAGCCUUUUUGCCAAAGUAUGGAAAAUUGAUUGUUCAUUUGACAUGACUUAGACUCUUGCAGAUUUAAAAAAUUGAAUGUAUAGCUUGUACUUGUGAAGGUGAAUUUAAAAAGGGGCAUAACUCAUUUUUAAAAUGCAAAGUGUACUUAUGCCCUUUUGUAUUCUGCCUGACGAUGAUUUAUGUGGAACUAUUUGAAUGAAUAUUCCGACUGUUGACAUGUUUCCCCCUCUAGAAAUCCAAAAGAUGACCAUCUUGUAGUCCUACCCCACUGUGUUUACUAUCCUUACUUACCAAUGGCAGCGUUUAGUUUGUUAUUAAAUGUUGAUUAGAGCGUUGCUCCUUGGAAGUCAAAUAGAUCUGAUAUUUUAAAGUCCACAUUCCUAAACUCAUGUGAUUCCAGAUGUGAUCAUCUGUGCUUGUUUGAAUUUUAAAUGUUUUCAUUGGUUUUUUUUUUCUUCUGCUUUUAGUUUCACUUGUAGGAUUGGUUACUGUAGAAUUAAUUUAUACUGAAAAGUACAUUCCACAUGUGUACAGGAAUUAAUAGGCAUGUAUAUGGUAGUGUCUUAAGAUAAUGUAUACUGGGGGG